AUGGAACCAGCAGCAGGGAAAAAGGCAGAUCUGACGGCGGAUGAUUUAAAUAGAUUACCCUCAAAAAAAGCAUAUGCUGCAUUUGACCACCGCUACGGCAAUUGUGGUACCUAUGGUGUUAAUGUAGGAGAUGCAGCUUCUCAACUGAACAGCGCAUUAAAUUCCCACCAAAAUAUUAAAAACGAAGCCGAAAAAAUUUUAAAAGCGUGGUGUGAGGCAUCCUCACAGAUGACAGGAUCGUAUGCAUCCUCUAGUGGGCUUUGUCAAUAUUUCUAUUUUUGGUUAUGGGAUCUAUUAAAGAACAAAUUAAGUGACACUGAAGAAUCACCUUUAAGUGUUAUGAAAACAAUCUAUGAGAAAUUGAACCAAGUUUCUUCUUCUUCUACUACUACUGUUGGAGGGAAGGAGAUGUGUAAAAUUAUAUACGACAAUAUUAGCGACAAAGAAUUUUUUCCUCAAGUAAAAAUACAUUUCGACUACUCCAAGGACUAUCUAACUAUAACAACACAGUUAGGGAAUGGUGUUAGUGGUGGUGGUGUUGGUACAAAGGCUUGUGAUACAACAUAUCAUGAUCACUUAGAGGCCAUUAAAACAGCAUGUUCUGCUAUAGAAGCAGAUUGUAAGGAGGAUAGCCUGUCACCUAAGAGUGGUAAGUAUUGUGACCCGCUUCGUGCGGCGGGGCAGCAGAACGAGGUAACAGCUGGAGAUUACUGUAAGAAGGAGGAACUGCAGAAAUUGGAGUGUCAAGAAGUACCAAAACCUAAACCAAACCCCAAUCCAAAUCAAGCUAGUAGUAGUGGCUCUUUUAGUGAUGCUGAUAGUGGUAGUGCUGCCAGCAGCAUCGCCCCUGCUGCUGGUGGACUUGCUGCGAUAGGAAUACCAACAGUUCUUUUCUUUCUAUAUAAAGUGAGUAAUACAACAAUUACCAUUACAAUUUUAAUUACAACUAUAAUGAACAAUUAUAAUUUAAAGUAUUAA